AUCGAAUAGGGACGCGUCUCGAGAACGGCCAGAACUCAUUCACCUCGUAGUGGACAUUCACGACCUUGUUUGAUACUCAUACAAAGUAUCAUCUUAUUGAGAUCCUGGAUUCACGCCUUCCACCUACAGUCGUCACUACUACUACUACUGCGGAGGCACAACACAUGUAACUCGACAAAUAUCUCUAUCAUCCGCACUCACUCACUCAACAAUGCCGUUCGCUUCCUCCAAGAAACGCAAAUCUUCCUUUGUGGUCGACGACGAUAGUGACGUCGAGGCCGAUGUGACGACGAAACGCGGGAAGGGAGCCUCGGGCUCUGCGUUCAAACCCUCGGGCACGUGUCAGACCGAUUCGGAGGGCAACCCUUACUGGGAGAUUUCGAAAGGACGACGCGUCACGAUAUCCAACUUCAAAGGGAAGACACUCGUAAAUGUUCGCGAGUACUAUCAAAAGGACGGCGAAUUGUUACCGGGAAAGAAGGGCAUAUCAAUGUCGAUCGAGCAGUACUCUGCACUCAUCGGAGUCAUGCCUCAGAUCGAUCAACUACUGCGGGAACGUGGUGAAAAGGUGCCUCGACCAAAGUACGAUGGGAAUGCGCCACCGGCCGAGUCUGUCCAAGACGACGAGGAGCAGCCUGAGGCUGAAACCGACAGAAAGGCCAAUAUCGAAGCUACGAGUGACGAAGAAGAAUAGGUAUAUCUUCGCCCGGGGUCUUCUGGAACACUCGUAUCCAACCACAACCAGACCGGAGGCAUGGGUGUCAAUGCGAUACCGAACAACACCAGUUGGUCACUGAACGACACAUUCAGAUCGACCAUGAGUGUGCGUCAAUAGUCUGUCGAGAAGAAAUCUUUGUGCUUGCUCACAAAGCCACCGUGCUGGUGUCGAGACCUCAAGAGCUACUCUCCCAUUCGGCCAACCUGGAAGCCAAACUUCCCUUCUUCCAGUGCUUCUCAUAAUCCUCUCUGAGCUCGACCUGCGCCUUUUCUCCUACCUUGCCGUAUCCGCCGCCGCCUGGUGUCAUCUAGGGAGUCCUAGCAUUAGCGAGGAGACAAGUGUGGUAUCAAG